AUGGCGAGCGCCCUCCAUCGCCUUUUCGCCGCUCGGAAGGCAAAGGCUGCAAAGAAGAGGGGCCAGCAGCAAGCGACGGGGUCUGGCGUUGCUGGCAUCGCUGUCGAAUCAUCACGAAGAGUAGACUCACAAAGGCAGGAAGCAGGCUCUUCGCAAGAACGUGAAUCAUCAUGGCAAGAAGCAGGCUCUUCAUCGCCUCGCCUCACCACGCAAUCCCUGCAGGGACCGCCAAGCCAGCGCUCCUCGCUCGACGCGUCCUCUAUCCUGUCGGGCUCCAUGUUGCGCAAUGCCUCGGCGUCGAGGACAACGCAGGACGAGCAGCGUGAACCUGAGGAAGACGACGACGACCCUCAACUCUCACCCGUCUACCUGGGUCUCGCCAAAUUGCCCUCUCUCCUCGCCAGCGCCACGCUGGUCGUCGUGCCGAGCAAGGAGGCGUAUACGAGUGCUGGCCUAGACGAACGCCUCUUGGCCGAGCCUGCUUGGCUCUCUCUGUCAGCAUACGCUCCCAGUCGACUAUUCAGAGACCAUUAUCAGAGCCUCACCGUCGAUGGUGAUUCGUCUUGGCGAUCUGUCUCCGUCGACCUGCAUUUCAACGCGCCUGGCGAGGUGCUCUUCACAUUGAGCGGUUCCUCCAAGAAGCAGUGGCAGAGAAGCUGCAAGGUACUCACAGAGACAUCGGUGUAUCGCUCUGCGCCGAGGGGAUUUGAGAUGGUCGGCAGGACGCAGCCUUCCUCGCGCAAGCUUACGCUGGUCGUGGUUGACGGGGUCGUCGCGCUGCCCGAGGAUCUUCACAUGAAGAGGAGCGACAGCAACGCUUCGAGCGCUGCUGCGCACAGCCCUGCUGCUCGCUUCGUCAUCUCCCCUCCUCUGCACGACACCAACUCCAGCUUGUCUGGCACCCGCAACUUCUGGGCCGACGUGCUCUUGCUCCAUGACCCACCGCCCUCGCUACACGCCCUCCGCUCAGCCCUCGCAGACGCGUACACCAUCAUCGCCACGAUGACGCAAGAGUUCACGACGACCUUCGUCCUCAUGCCGCACUUUGAAGAGUACAAUCGAUACAAGCUGCGCGACGGCAUCCUAGCCAAAGCGUGGGAGUCGCUCGCUUCACCAGCCCUCGACGCUCUGGCGCCAGAGCAGAGGCGUCACCUCUUCCUCGCGAUGGAGAAUGUCAUGCUCGGCUUUGCGCAUGAGAGAGUCUUUCCCGCCCAAAGCGGGGAGGACAAGCUGGCAUCGGUGUUGGAGACAUACAGAGAGUGCCACGUCGGACUACGAGAGCUGGGAGCGACCACGCCUGCGCUGCUCAAGAGGCCGGCGAGGCUGCAGUCGGCGAUCAAUAUCGUGGGUGCCUGGGCAGAGCGAGAAGGGGAUAUCAGCUCAAUGUUGAAGGAAGUCUUGCUCAGCGCGCCUGGGCGCGACGUAGAUAAACUGCGAGCGCUCGUCAAUCCUGCCGCCCACACCCACCGCUCGUACGACUAUGAACUCGGCCUCGACGCCGCGCAAGAUGGACAGAUACCCGCAGCAUUCACGCCGCUUGACGUACUCGCCACGCUCCGCAGCGCAAUCGACGCCUGCAUGGCCGCCGCGGCUCGAGGCAUGCCCAUGACCUCGCCGUCAAGCAGCAGUCUGCCCCUGCUCGGCUCCAAGUCUGCCCCUGCGCUCAGCACAGACGACCUCCUACCCGUACUCGCCCACGUCGUCAUUCAAGCCGCACCUACAUUGAUGACUACGCGGCUAAGAUAUGUACGCUCGCUUGGACUGUCCGACCUUACCGCGUCUGACCAAGAGUGGGCGCUCGUCACUUUUGAAGCUGUAGAGCGCUGGCUUUGCAGCGACCCACUCGGACUGCUGGGCGGCACGAUCAAGGCGCGACCGAGCAAUGCCCGCUCCGUGAGCUCGUCCUCGUCUGGUGGUGCAGAUGAAGCGCCCCGCCUUCGUCGCCUCUCACUCCCCGCUACGGCCCUCUUCGAUGGUUUCAAAGUACCUGGCGCGCCUGCAAGUGCGACAAAGGGCUCUCCGAUCCUCGCCUCGGUCAGCCGCCACUCGAGUAUACGGAGCGCGGAAUCCGCGUCUACGCAUUCUCGCCCACACAGCCCGCGUGGGGACCUCACCAUACGCCCACAGAUUAUCACGAGGUCAUCAUGGCGUUCGGAGACCUCGCAGCCGACGUCGCCGACGCUGAAGGACGGCCACUCAAUUCCACCUCGCCAGCUCGGUGUCUCUUCAGCGAUGGCAAGAUCAAGCAGCGCAACACGGCACGGCUCCUCCUCGCCGACAUCGUCUGACAUGGCGCGCGGCAAGAGCGAGGGCGCGACACGUCGACGAUCGUUCGGGAGCGCGAGCGUCCUAAUGGCUGCGCAGAGUCCGCCGCAAGAGGAUUUGUCGCCACGCCUACCAUCUUCGGCGACAUCGUCUUGGCUUCCCUGGGCGUCAUCGCAGUGGCCGUCUCUCUCUUACAGGACUGACACCACAUCCUCGCGACCACCGCAGUCGAGCCCGGCAGCAGCGGCGUCGAUGUCGGACUACGCCGCUUCAUCGUCAGGUGGUGACAUAUCGCACAUUUCCCUUGGCGGCGGCUCACGCGUGUCUCAGCCGCCCCUUGAGCCCUUCCCGAGCGAGUCGCCUACAUUCCCGAAGAUUACGGCCAAGCCGGAGCCUGCGCUCUCCUCAUCGAUCUCGUUCUCUGGCUCAUCCUCACCGGCCGAACAGCGACGCCGCGUGCGGACUCGGUCGAGACUGCUCUCCAACCCUGGCGGUGGGGUGACCAUCUUGCCUCCGAGAACCGCUGCUGCAGCCCCUGCUGGUCAGGGUCAAGAGGCAGAGACGCUGUCCUCAGCCGCGGUGCUCACCAUCGAAGCGAGGGCUGUCCUUUCACGACCGCGCGAAAGAGCAUCGGCUUCUUUCGUUGCGACGUCGGGCGGCGCUGCUGCGGAAAGGGAUGCAGCGUAG